CGAGCCACAGCUUCCUGCGCGCAGCCUCCUCAGCGACCAACAAAGGCUUAUCGCAGGAAGAACAUCCGAGCUGUGCUCUCUACUACACAAUCGCGGCUCCACGGUGAGUCAAUCCUGCAAUGAUAAAGAUUGGAGGGAGCGUUGGGUCGUGCGCCUGCGCUGCUUUCGGUAUCUUAAUCCGCUUCUCAACGGACUAGCUGCAUAAGCUCGUGUCUUUCGUGGAUGUCUGAUGUUACAGAGAAGUCGACCAUCGAUUCAAUGACUGAAGUUGAGUCCACUGGACUUUGAUGCUUGUCGUCUCAUUCGAUGGUGUGCCCUCAGGUUUUGUUCUGCCGACAUCUAUUGCCCUCGAACGAAGGCCAACCCUUGCGCUGAAUUUUUUGCUACUCGGGUUUCUCAGGACCGAUUCUUGUCUUCAACUGGCCAACCGAUACAAGCGCAUGAUGGCGUUCUUCUACUGGUUCAGAUCAUGUAACGAGUUCGGCAUUGGAUCGAGUCCGGAUUAUGGGUUACUCAUCGGGCGGCUGGAUUGGGUUCUCACUCUCCUACUGCCAGUUGACUAUCUGCGUGGUCUUGAAAUCCUACGUGGCGACUUGCAUGGCGAGAUAUAUAUAAUCGGCGUCUCCGUGCCACAUUCUUCCGUUACUUUUCUCGACAACCGACGGCUGCAGCCAGCCUGCAGUCAUGCCUGGGUCCGCGACGUCGUCCAAACCUGCCGCCGAUUCAUCCGUAUUCUCGACGCGCCGCAGAGCGUUGAUGGCCUGCACGAAUUGCAGACACCGGAAAAUCAAGUGCAUCGCACCCGCCGAUGGAGACUUCGGCCCCUGCAAACGAUGUGCGAAGCGCGAUAUGGCGUGCGAGUACGUUGCAGUCCCGGAGGAGAUGGCGUAUGAGCGCCACAGUGACUAUGUCUCUCCGGAUCCCACAAACUACGACUAUACCGCACGAAAUGUGCAGGCCGGUCGCUCGCGGGACCCACAACCGAUCACCCUCCCCUCAGCCAGUCUCAACGAGUACAUGCGCCCCAGCGCUGGUUUACAGCCGGAUCAACGUGCCUCGGUCACUCUUGAGCCGCCGUAUGCUGGUUCGUUCGUCGAUUAUUCUAGUCAAUGGCCGCCAGGACGACAACGAGCGAGCGGGCUUCCUUCGGCAGGAUAUAUGCACCCCGGUUACCCCUACCCUGGAGCUGGAUCCGACCACCAGCGGCAAUAUGCACAGCUGCCCGAUUACGUCGUGCGUGGUCAGAAUCAACCCGUGACGUGUGCCUGUCCACAUAAUGGACCGUGCUAUUGCGGCGGAAACUACCAUCAGUAAUAACAGAGUUGUCAUUCAUUUGGUUGCUCGGCCACCAGGAUCCACGGGUUUGGUUGAAGAGUGACUCCAAGUCUAUGGAAAUGCUCUGCCUCAGCCCACAGCUUCUGUAGACUCACGAGGAAUGAACAUAGCGACCGGUCGAGUGUGUGAUCUACACCACAGCCCCUGUCUAGACGAUAGAAAGCGCGCCGGAUCGGCAGGUCGAGUUGAUGCAUUGAUGGGAGCUGAGAUGCUUCUGACCCGACUUCGUCGAACACCGGAAUGGCAAUCAUCGUAGGUUCCCCAUCCGAAGAAGCCGGACAGAGACCGUCCGGAUCAAUCGGUGAGCUUCUUCGACCGUUCGAGAUUACCUCUGGCUCGUGAACCUCGGCGUGCACCGAGUUCGUCCGUCGCUCGUUUAUAAGGAAUGCAUCGUCGGGUCGAAUAUAUCCACAUCAAAACAGCCCCGGCUUCCUUUGCACACUCCAACCUAAGCCAAGCUCACCCACCAUAUACUCGAAAUGUCGUGCUCAUCAGUCAUGUCCUACUACGGCUACCCUUCUCCCACAUAUGCUCACACACGCAGCACAUACACAACCCCUACCCCAAGCCAGUCUGAACUCCCGGCCGCGGCCGACUCUCCCAAGAGAAGAUCCUUGAGCGAUGUCGUUCACAGCAUUCUCCAUCCACGCCGCGGAUCGUCGCGCAGCAGUUCGCACUCGGUGGAUUCCGCGUCGGACCGCUCAUCGCGCUGAGAGGGAAUAUGCAAAUAAUUUUUCUCCGUCCUAGACUGUAUUUCUACGCCCACUCAUUGUAAUCGUAAUACCAAACAACACCGGCAUGCUUCGCAAACCCGAUGACGGGGACUAUCUGAGAUCCA